AUGGCGGAUCGACGUCUGCGACAUGUUACAAAUCUUGACAAUGAAUUUAUAGGAGAUUAUUAUUCAAUCGAUAAUUUCGAUGAAAAAUCUAAAAAUUGUAUGGAAAUUCUUAUUGCAGAAUCGAUUGGUGAAAUAACAAAAAAUUAUCUUCCCGAAUAUCAACGAUUAUCAGCUUUUUCUUACUAUCCACCGUUGAAACCUGAACAAAUUCGUAAACUUACAAUUGAAAAUGUAACAUCAAACGAUGUACAAAUUCAAAUAACAGACAGAAUCUAUAAUCGAUUAGAAUUAAUUUUAAAAAGCAAAACACCGAAUUGGAAUGCUACAGAUCAACGAACAGCAAAACGAUUUGUUACAAACGCCGUUCAAGAUGCUGUUGAAGCAAUACGUAAGAAAUUAAAUGAAUGCAUCGCUCUUGAAAAUCAAACACCAAAUAUUAUUGUUCAACGUUUUGUAUUAGAUAAUAAUCGAUUGAAAAUUGUUUGA